GUGCGCCUGCGCAUCGACGUCGGUUGUAUUGUAGGUAACAUGUUGUUAUGAGGAAGCGUCUUAGUGUGAGACAGCUUGAAGUCAAUGAUUGUUCGUCAUUAUAGCGAGUGGUGUGACUGUGUGCGUGCACGCAGGUGAGAUGGCGGCGCUAGAGCGGGACACCGCGCGCGAGAGCCUCCGCGCAGGUAGAGCUGAGAGCCGCCAGGCCAGUCCGAGACAUGCGCCCGUGCGCGCCCGCGUUGUGCCGUUGUACAUACGGUCACGCAUAACCUGCUUUUUAAAAACAUCAUACAAACUUUUGUUUACUUCUUCAUAUCAUAACUUUAACUUUAAACAGUUUGCCGUGUCUGAAAUCAGUGUUUACAAGUGCUUCCUGUGAUUACAAAGAACCACGGUCGAGUUAAUUGCGCGAAUGCCACGCUCUACAGCCUACGCAGCCGGCGGCGUUCCCCACCUCUGUUCAUUCAAGGACCAAUCGUUGAACUCAUCUCGUCUCUCGUAUCUACGUGAUCUCUGAGAUUUGGAAAUGAGUUCCCAACAUACAAAGCGAUGUAUUGACUAGGUUGGUAACCGAAAUCGGUUCCGUCGACAAUGUCAAUCAAUCAGAACGCAGGCCAAUUUAAUAAACAGAAGCAGCAACUAGGUAAACAGGGCCCGGAACCGGUCAACUUUCCACCGCGUUAUCACCCGCCUCCUCUAGCCGCGAGUGGGCCCAAGCUAGCCACUAUCGACCCGUCCGCCAAGGAGUACAAACCGCCAUACGCAGGCAAACCUAUUGAUCCCAGUAAAUUACAAUAUCCUAUACUGGCACAUGGUGCUGUCCCAGCUUCUUACAGUGGAGGAUCUAUCCAGUUUUUAAAAUAUCCUCAAGGCUAUCCUCCAGGAUAUCCCCAACCAUCAGGAGCCCUACGUAUGCCACGGCCUUCGGCCGAGGUGGUGACAAAAGCUGUUGUGCAUGAACCAGUGGAACCAACUGCACGAGCCAGAAGUGCAGACGACAUCCAACGAGCACAACGUAAUAUUGAAGAGGAACAGAUUCAUAGAAGGUCAGCUGACAUGCUUAAGUUUACAAAACGUGUCGAACCUGAAGGACCUCGAGCAUCAACCGAUCAGAAACGACAGAUUCAAGCGCUAUUAGCACAAAUAAAAGCGUUAAAAGAAGCUAAUCGCCGGUUGAGUGACGAUAACCAGGAACUUCGAGACUUGUGCUGUUUCUUGGACGAUGAUAGACAGAAAGGCAGAAAAUUAGCUCGCGAAUGGCAAAGAUUUGGGAGAUACACAGCAUCUGUCAUGCGACAGGAAGUGUCUGCUUACCAGAACAAAUUGAGACAGUUGGACGACAAGCAGCAAGAAUUGAUUCGUGACAAUUUAGAGUUAAAAGAAUUAUGCUUGUACUUGGAUGAAGAACGUGAGAGGAGUACGUGUGUCAACUGUGGUAGAGCAGCAGGAAGAGAGAGGGACGACGGUGAUGGUAGCAGCAGCGGUACAAAUGCCGAUGAAGGCUCGCGCCCUGCCCCAGCGAUACCAAUCACACAUCCUCAGCUUGCAGAACGGACAGUGCAGUAUGUAAGAGACUUAGAACAAAAAGUUCGGCGAUUAGAGGCUGAAAAAGGACUUGGUAACGGAGGUAACGAACGUCCUGAGGCAGUGGUACGAGCUCUCCAGGUUCUGGAAGUUCGGGAACGUGUUGAACGAGAAAGAAGAAGGCCAGCUCCAGACCUAGACUCUGGAGAACAGGCUCUAGUGCGUGAAAUGUGUAACGUGGUAUGGGGUAAACUAGAAGACGCGCCGCCGCAGGCUCCGCCGCGCUAGAACAUAACAUAAACAAUGAACAGUUAACAUUUCCUAAUUAGUGUCAGAGUGAGUUUGAUAGAAGGAGGCGAGCGAGUAAAUAAAAAGUUGUUCAAAAUAAAUGCAGAUGGAAUCCGACUUGAUUGAGGUCGUCGGUCCGCUGUCUCGUGACCUAAAGAGCAGAACUGUGUCGACCUUAUAAGUACCUAUAAAGUACAUGACGUUAAGGCCCUUCAAAGUGUGAUGAUAACUUGCCACGACUAAAUAAUGUAGCGGGAAACCGAAAAGUACAAAAUUACUUUAUGAAUUUUAUAUGUAAGCUGUUAGGUUUAGAUAUGCUGUUAAUCUUUACUUAGACAAAGUGUUGCCUUAUUUUUCUUGCUUAUAAAAUUUAAAAAAAAUAACAUAAAUAGUGUAGAAAAAUGUAGGUAGAAUACCAACACUACUUAAGUACAAUUAUUUUUCUUAUAAAAAUGUAUGUGUAGCAUAAUAAAGCUGCUCCUACCUACCUACUUACACUAUUUUAUUGUUAGACAUAAAAUUGUUAAAAAUAAUUAUAAAUUUUAUGGAAAAUAUUUGAGAAAUUGGUAAAUUAUGAGGCUAUACAUUGAUAUAAUUGUCUGUGAUUUUCCUGUGAGCUGGAAUAAAGGAAAGAUCAGCUUCUAAAUGCAUUUAACUUGUCCUACAUUUUGUUGAUAAAUAUUAAGUUUUCAUUGAAUUGACAUUUAUUCGCUGUUAGCUUAGGUAGGUACAUGGAAGCUAGAAUUGUAAUAUUGCUUAGAGUCUAGUCAGCCAUUGAUUCACAUGCAAGAACAGUUCGUAUUUCAUAGUUAUGUUAUUCCAGCUCACUCAACUCGUUCCAUUUGCAUAGCUUGCUUCAGUUUUGAUUAUAAAUGUAGUGUGUUAUUAAUUUAUUCAGACAUGGGUGUGCGAGAAAUAAAGCUAUUUCUGUUUAUUUUUAUUCUUUGGUUUUAAUUAUUUUCUCUUUCUCACACUUAAGUGAGGGCGGGGCACAGAUAAUAAUUGAAUGUAUUGAAAUAAUUUAUUCAUCCUUUUUGCUGCACUUUGUUUUUGUUUUGAUGGCAUUUUACGAAUGUCAAUUUAUUGCCUAUUUGUUUGUCAACAGUUAGGAAUUUACUUUUUUGGAAUUAUUUGCAAAUAAUUACUUAGUUUGUGUAACAAUGGCUGAUGAAGCCAAAGGUGAAGAACCAGAGGAUGUUGAUACAAUCGGGGUGUACGUAGGAAAGAGGAACGCUGAGGGCGACAGGCACGGAGAGGGUUGGGCACACCUGCCCAAUGGGGAUUAUUAUACAGGAUGCUACUGCAGGGGACAGAGGAACGGGAAGGGAUUAUACGUGUUCAAAAAUGCCGCCCGAUAUGAAGGGGAGUGGCGCCGGGCCAUGAAAUAUGGAGUUGGGCGCAUGGUGUACCCAGACGGCUCGCGUUACGAGGGAGACUGGAGACACGACGUGAAGCAAGGAUUCGGAGCCUACUAUUACCCAAACGGAGACAUUUACGAGGGCGCCUGGUUUAAGGGCAAACGUCACGGCCUAGGUACCUACUUCUUCGCAGAAUACCAAAUUAAAUUCAUGGGCACUUGGGUUGAAGGAACGAUACAAGGUCCCGGUCAAAUUAUCUAUCCUCGUUACCGCUACCAUGGCUCUUGGCUAAAAGGAAAGCCCAAAGGUCCUGGUUGUUUCGUUUUCGAUACGAAUUGCAUGCAACAUGGAUUCUAUCUGCUACUCAAGGAUCCAGCUACUUUAGAAUUCGGUGAAGGCGAAGAGGAGAAAGAAGAAAAAGAUGUUAAGGAUGAGAGAGUGGAAGAAGAGGAACCUGAAGAAUUCGACGAGACAGCAGGUAAAGUCGCAAUGUGGCGUGCACGAAACGUAACAGCGUACAUGGCUGAGUUUCUACCACAGGAGCCAGUCCCUCUGCCAGUCCACGACUCGGUGCCUUCUCUUACUGACGAGAGCUGCGUUAUAACAGAUGAAUUACAGUUCGAUCAACCUUCGAUAUCACCAGAAGACGAAGGAGGUGAUGACAAUGAUUCCUGGCUUCUACAUAGACAACAGUUCCUUGAAGAAACUGAACAAAAGGAACCAGAAAAGGCUUGA